CAUGUAUAUCUAUUUUGGAGCUAUUCCUCAUCAUUCGCUUGCUUCAUCUGUUACUGUGUUCAAUGGAUUGAACUUCUCUGAGUGGCAUGAACAAGUCUAGUUCCACUUAGAUUGAUGGAUCUUGACUUGGCUCUGCUAAAAGGAAACCUUGCUGCUAUUACUGAUACAAGCAGUGGGGAUGAGAAGUCCUUCCAUAAAGCAUGGGAACACUCUAACAGAUUGAGCCUUAUGUUUAUGCGAAUGACUAUUCCACAGACAGAAAGUGCCAGGGAAUACCUGAAGUUUGUGGAAGAACGUUUUCGUUCUGCUGAUAAGUCUCUCGCUUGUACACUAAUGGCUGAACUCACGACCAUGAAGUUUGAUGGUCGCAUAGUAUGCAAAAACAUAUCAUCGAUAUAACUAACAUUACAACAAGACUCCGGGCCUCGGGGAUGAAAGUGGAUGACUUCUUCUUGGUUCAGUUUAUUUUGAACUUAUUGCCUCCUGAGUGUGGACCAUUCCAAAUUAACUAUAAUACUAUUAAGGAUAAGUGGGAUGUUAGUGAAUUGUCCACUAUGCUUACUCAGGAGGAAUCAAGACUUAAGAAACAAGGAGGUCAUUCUAUUAACCUCAUGGGUCAAAGAGCAGGUAAAGGACUUAAAGUGACGACCAACAAGUUCAAGAAGAAGAAAGCACCUGCUAAAGUUCAACAGGAUGCUCAUAAGGAACUCAAGGCAGAUGUGUGUCGUUUCUGUAGAAAGGAAGGACACUAUCAGAAAGAUUGUCCGAUACGUAAAGCUUGGUUCGAAAAGAAAGGGAUUUCUUGCGAUCCAAACUACAAAUCCAAAUAAGGAUUUCUUGUUCAUGGGAAAUCGUAUGAAGGCUCCAAUUGAAGGCAUAGGGACUUAUCAUUUGAUCUUGGAGACUGGACAUCACCUUGAUCUAUUACAGACUCUUUAUGUUCCUUCAGUUUCUAGGAAUUUAAUUUCUCUUUCAAGACUUGAUGUUUCUGGAUUUGAUUUU